CGGUAGUGCGCUAAGUUAGCCCGCUUCCGCCGUUAAGCAGCCAAAGAAGAAGAAGAAGACGAAGAAGAAGAAGAAAGAGCAGCGCGGAAACGUAAAAUAGUGUUGUUUUAGUAAUUUAAGGAGAUUACGUUUUAUAUGAUCUUUUUUAAUUUAUAAUCAAAAGCACUUCGGGUAUUAACAUGAUUCCUGUGUUAUCAAACAGUUCAGUGAGCAUGAGGGACCCCAAGAGGGUGGAGCAGAUAUUAACAUCCAUGAGAAAUGCUGGAGCUAGCACACUUCAGGUAAUCUCAGAUUUUGAUAUGACUCUCACCAGGUUCGCCUGCAAUGGCAAACGCUGCCCUACAUCCCAUAAUAUUCUGGACAACAGCAAACUGAUCAGUGAAGACUGCAAAGCCAAGCUAAAGAAUCUUCUGGACACUUACUACCCUAUAGAGAUCGAUUCCACACGCUCAGUGGAAGAGAAGUUACCACUCAUGGUUGAAUGGUGAGAUACAGUACAUCUACUCAUUGCACAACUUAUCUCUCAACAGCGAACAGAAGGUGAGCCUAUGAGGGUCCAAGUUUGACCAUUAUUUGUUAUACAGGUUGAAGGUGUAUGUAGGAAUGUGCCAAAAUAUCGGACAAUAAUCGCUUUCAGCUGAUAAAAGCAGUUAUUUGCACCAUCAACCGAUUGUUUAAAACAGCCGAUGAUCAGAGCUGAAAUCAACAUGAAUGAACAUCAGAAGGGGUGUUGAAAGAUACAGACCACUUACUGAAAUGUAUAAUGUUAGCUAUAAAAAAAUAUAUAACGCUAGUUACCAAUAAAAACACUAGAGGGAACCAAACACACCAUGGUUAAAACCACACAAUGAAAUUCUUGCAAGGCUCCCUUUCAUAAAAUAUACAAAAAUACACGUGUACAAAAAAAUAUGCAAAUACAAAUAUACACUGUGCAAUGAACAAGGUAACAGUUUUUUUUAAUGGGAGGUGAGAUAAUAUUUGAAGGGUUGUUUAGGAGUCAUGGUUUGUAAGUCUUUUUGUCCCUGAUUUCAUACUCCUACUGUACACCAUUUCUCAGUUGGCAGAAGUGUGAAGAGACUUUUGUAUAUUGUCCCUGAUGAUGUUGUGGGCCCUCCUGAUGACCCUGGUGCAGUAAAUAUCCUGAAGGGAUGGGAAAGCUUCUCUACAAAUUAACUGUGCCGUUUUUAUUACAUGCUGGAGAGCUUUCCUUUCUUGAACAGUGCAGCUUCAUACCACACAGUGAUUCAACUAGUGAUCACACAUUCAAUUGUACAUCUGUAAAAGUUGCUGAGGAUUUUAGUUGUCAUGCCAAAUUUCCUUAACCUACUUAAAGGGGUCAUAUGAUGCGAUUUUAAUUUUUC